UUGGAAAUGGAAUUUAAAAUUUACAAUCACUAUCCAUUUGGAUCAAUUUUUCAUGAUUUUAACUGAAAAUGGCCGAUAAUUGUCCUAGUAGUAGUUGUAGUAUGACAAAAGAAUCGAAACGACAAAAUUUCAAAAAUGAUGAUGAUGACGAAGAACCGAGUGGCGUGUAUCCAUGUAAUACCUGUCCAGAUGUACACAUUUUACGUAGUAUUUCCGAGAUGCCAUCAUGGUGUUGUACACAUAAUCGUAUUAUAUUCGCUGGUUAUCGCCCGAUUACAUUAUCAUCAUGGCAAACAUUUCGUUCGUUGUUUUUGAUUCACAAUGAAACUGGAAAUAUUUGGACCCAUAUGAUUGGAGCUAUUAUGUUUUAUUUUCUAUUCCAGCAUGUUUGUCGUAAUCCACCGGAUACACGGUCAAUGUCACGGAUUGAUUUCACAUUAAUUUGUAUAUUCUUUUUCGGUGUGUUUGUUUGCCUAUUUCAAUCUACAAUGUAUCAUCUAUUUGCAAGUCAUUCAAUGAAAUUGAAUAAAUUAUUCGCCAAAUUGGAUUAUUGUGGCAUCACUAUAUUGAUUGGUUGUACAUUUAUUCCAUGGAUUUAUUAUGGUUUCUAUAAUUCUCCGUGGCUACAAACUGGUUAUAUAAGUUUCACCACGAUUUGUACAAUCAUCUGUGUUUUAUUCUGUGUGUAUGAUCCAUUUGGUGUACCACAAUAUUAUCAUUAUCGUACAUUGAUGUUUCUUUCGCAUGGAUUCCUUGUGUUUGUGCCGGCAUUUCAUUGGACCAUCCGGGAAAUCGCCAAUAACGCAGAUAAUCGAAAUGAUUUUCAAUCAUUUUUAUCAUUAGAUCAUCGUGCACAUUUAUUGAUUCUAAUUCAAGGUAUAAUCUAUCUAUCUGGUGCAUUGAUCUAUAUGUUUAAAUUGCCUGAAUCUAUUUAUCCAAAUGUUGCGCUAUUUAAUCUUUGGUUCAAUUCACAUCAAUUAUUUCAUAUAUUUGUUGUAUUUGGCCUGAUACUUUACUAUCAUAGUUUAGUAUUGAUUAUCAAGAUGCGUUUAGCUGAUCCAAAAUGUUUUGUCAAUUGA